AUAUCGAGCGAGUCAUUAAAAGAUGGCGGCUUCCACUAAUAGGCAUGGAAAGCGGCUUAUUAAAUCAGUUCAAUUUAAAAAGAAUUUAAAUUUUUCUACUUUAUGUAGGGAUUUGCCCCGUAUAAUAGUUAACCCUGAAUACUCAUGGAUAGUAGCUUUAUUAUGCUUACUUUUAGAAGUAGUUCUUAAUGCUUUAAUCAUUUUUAAAAUACCUUAUACAGAAAUUGAUUGGAAAGCAUAUAUGCAAGAAGUAGAAGGUGUUGUAAAUGGCACUUGGGAUUAUCAAUAUUUAAAAGGAGACACAGGGCCAUUAGUAUAUCCUGGUGGUUUUGUAUAUAUUUUCCUAAUUUUAUAUGCUGUCACGCUAAAGGGAACAUGGAUCCUUUGUGCUCAGAUUUUAUUUGCUGCACUGUAUUUAGCAACAUUAUAUGUUGUGUUUCGACUUUACACUAGAUCUCAAAUUGUACCUCCAUAUGCCUUAAUAUUUAUGUGUUUUACAUCAUACAGAAUACAUUCAAUUUAUGCUCUUCGCCUUUUCAAUGAUCCUUUUGCCAUUUUCUUUUUGUUUGUGGCUAUCAACUUCUUUUCAGAUGGCAGAUGGUAUAUUGGUUGUAUUUUUUACAGCUUUGCUGUGUCCAUCAAAAUGAAUAUUUUGCUUUUUGCUCCUGGUCUUCUUUUUAUUCUUCUACAUUCCAUUGGAAUAAAAGAAACAACUUAUUGUUUGUCUUUGUGUGGUUUAGUACAAGUUCUUGUGGGUUUUCCCUUCCUUCUUGCCAACCCUGUCAGUUAUAUUUCAAGAUCUUUUGAUCUAGGAAGAAUUUUUCUACAUCAGUGGACAGUCAAUUGGCGUUUUUUGCCUGAAGAGAUAUUUGUAAGCCGCUCUUUUCAUCUGUGCCUUCUCUUCCUACAUCUUAUCACAUUGGCUGCAUUUGCAUACUCUUGGACAAGAAAGUUUGGUAUCUUGAAAAAAGGAGAAAAGCCUUAUCUUGCUUUAGAUAAUUUCUUAUUUAUUUUGUUUGUGUCCAAUUUUGUUGGAAUGGUUUUCAGUCGAUCUCUACAUUAUCAAUUCUAUGUGUGGUACUUCUUCACUCUUCCGCAUUUAUUAUGGUCAACAAAUUACAAUCCAGUUAUUAAGUUAUUCACUCUGGGACUGCUGGAACUCUCCUGGAAUACUUAUCCAUCCACUGUCCUAAGUAGUGCUGUCUUACAUUUGUGCCACUUAAUAAUCUUAGCUAAUCUCUUGUAUCACGGCUGUCCAGUUCCUUAUAUGAAGGCCAAGAAGAAGUCUUCUUAGAUGGACAGUAAUACCUUUAUAUUGUACCUGAUUCUGGAGUUUUAAUAAAAUAUGCCCAGUUUUCUUGAUGAA